AUGGCAGGGAAUGUAAAAAAAUUCACACGCAUGCUACUGGAAUGCAACAGCAAUGACAAGCUAUGUGUUGUGCGUGAAUAUCAGACCGAAGUGAUUGUUGUCCCAGUUCUCCUUGUGGGUUUUUUUGUCAUCACGCUAACUGUGAUCCUUUGGCUCCACUGUCGAGGCUUGCGAGCAAAGCAGGAGCAAUCAUCAUCAUCUGCACACCAAGUGCAUCAGUCAGAAUCCAGCUCUACAGAGAACCGUUAUAUCCAGAUGAGUGAGAUGUCUGUGGAGAGCCUGCUAAAUUCUGCAUCCUCGAGUCUGAAAGAAGUGGAGAUACCGCGAGAGAAAAUUUCACCAGGCACCUUGCAGCUGAUAAAAUGUGGCCACUAUAGGAGCAUCUACAGAGCACAACUGGAAACUGGGAGCCCUGGGAAGACUAAGACUGUAGUACUGAAAGCCUUACAAGACCCGGAUAGUCUCCAGGAAGUAAAGGAUUUCCUGGGAACGAUUAAAUUCCAUCAAAAUCUUGGCCGUCAUGAGAAUCUGGUUGAAAUGGUUGGAUGCUGUGUAGACCAGCUCCCACUUUAUAUGAUCAUGGAAGAUGCGCCUCUUGGUGACCUGUUGACAUUUCUGUGGACAUGUCGGAAGGAUGUAAUGACAAUGGAUGGUAUCCCCUAUGACCUCACUGAGAGGCAAGUGUAUGAAGUUGGACAGCAAGUUGCAGCAGCUCUGGCUUACCUUGAACAGAAGAAGUUGUUCCAUGGCGACAUUGCUGCCAGGAAUGUCCUCCUUCAGCGCAACUUCACUGCUAAACUCUGUGGUUUGGGUCUGGCCUAUGAAACUCACACAUAUGGUACCAACUCAGUCACACAGACUGUGCCAGUCAAGUGGCAGGCACCAGAGCGCCUCCUGAAGAAACCCCCCAGCAUCAAGGCAGACAUAUGGUCUUUUGGAAUUCUACUGUAUGAAAUGAUUACAUUAGGUGCUCCACCAUAUCCUGAGGUGCCACCUUCUGACAUCUUAUUGUACCUGCAGAGACAGAACAUUAUGAAGCAGCCCUCAAGCUGCCAGCCAGCCAUGUACAGCAUCAUGAAGUCCUGCUGGCAGUGGAAUGCAAUGAACCGACCUUCUCCAUCAGGCCUGAUCCGGUCCCUACAAGCAGCUAUGAAGAGCAGCAAUGACCGUGCAGUGCUGCAGGUGCCUGAGCCAGUGGUGCCUGAGCUCUAUGCUAACGUUGCUGGUGUUGAUGUACAGAGUCUGGUGACUGAAGACACGAUACUUAUGUGUCGGUUCUACUGUUUCAUGUACUACCUGCCGGAUUAUUGCAAGCUCUUCUUGGCAUUGCUGGGAACAACAGUGGGUUUUAUUGUCAAGG